AUGAGCCAGAGUCAAAAACAAGGCCGACGGAGGCGGUCCAGCAGUCUUAUCUACCAAGAACCUGCCGAGUCUAUCGAGCGUACAAGCGAUCAGGCCGCAUUGCCAAAUCUCAAUGCAAACUGGGUGAAUGCUAAGGGAGACCACAUCGCAAGAUAUCAAGAAAUCCAAACUAACACGUCCGUCUUCGUUCCGAUAGGCGCCUGGACAAUCCAUUUCGUGUGUAUCGCCGCUCUUAAGAUUAUCUACGACAUUAUCCCGGGUGUCUCGCAAGAAACCUCAUGGACCCUCACCAACAUCAGCUACAUGUUCGGAUCCUUCCUCAUGUUCCACUGGGUGCGGGGCAUCCCAUUCGAGUUCAACGCCGGUGCCUACGACAAUCUCAAUAUGUGGGAGCAAAUCGACAACGGCGACCAGUACACACCCGCUAAGAAGUUCUUGCUCUGCGUGCCUAUCGUGCUUUUCCUCCUCAGCACCCAUUACACCCAUUUCGACCUGACCCACUUCACCAUCAACUUCCUGGCCACAUUGGCGGUGGUCAUUCCCAAGUUGCCUUUCGUACGUUCCCUUAGCACUAUUCCUACUACGCGUGUUGAUAACUAUUGGCUAACCUUGCACCUGCAGUCGCAUCGGUUGCGAAUAGGUCUCUUUUCCGAUAUACCCGAGGAGUCAUAA